ACAAAUCAAGAAAAUGUUUUGAGAGAACACAAAUGGAAUGGAAGUUGAGCCAAAUUAAUAAUGGAUGGAAAUAAACACUUGGAUGGACUAACUUGGUGGCACAAAUGAAGGAUCUGUGGAAUCAUAACUAAGUUGCAUAGCCCAAUGGCGGAGCUGAACCCUGUCUCAGACACUCAUGCCUUACUGGAAUCUAUGCUUCAGAAAUUACGAUUGAACACUCAACAGACCAACAGCAGUUCAGUCACUGAUAUGCAAACAUGCAGUGCUUCUGAAUCAGCAGAGGAUUCAUCUAAAACAAACGUUUACCAAUUUGGAACCUCCAUCAGAAGUAAAGAGCAAGAUGGACGCAGCUCAGUUUGGAAUAACUGGGGGAACUCUUGGACUCAACAGUCUCCUAAUUUUGGGAGCGCAUUAACUCCUGCAGCUAAAAAGCCUGCCAAAAGGAUCACUAAACACUUAGCGUCUUCUGCUAAACCUAAACGUCCACCAUUAAUAUGGGGAGAAAACAAGCGUUUUAUCUCAGAGAGAUCUAAUGAUGUCACUUCCAGUGUUGGGAAUGAACAGUUUUCCCUGGGAGGGGAGAUCAGGUCAAAUGUGCCACCUUUAUACCAAACUGAAACCUUCAAAAACCCUCCUGACCUUCUCGCUCCAACACUAACGCCAUCAUCUUUAGUGCUGGACAAAACCGAGGUCAGGGGUCAGUGGAGUUGGGCUGCUGAGAGUGAGAAAAAUAUAGGUGGAGGAUUUAUUGAGCUACCAGAAAAAACGACAAAGACAAGUAGGAAGACGUGGGGGGAGCCUAAAAGAUGGGCUCAGAGUGUGAAGGAGAGAUGGAGAGAGAGACGCAGAGGCACACAGAGCAGACAAAGAGAUGAUGGACAGACCCAGAUGCAGAAUAAAGCACAGAGUAAUUACUCUUCACUACCGACACCUAUUGAUGUAAACAACACACCUGCAGCACUUGCUGAGACCGCAGAAAUCCCCCAAGUCUUGAUCAGCACUGCUCCAGAUGAAGACGAAGGCCCCAGCUCACCAAGCUACUUGAGUGACAGUCUAUUGGCAUUCGACACUACUUCUAACUUAAUGGAGGAGAUCUUCAGUGGCACAGAGUGGGCUCAGUUUCUCUCAGUUAACCACAGCACGUCAGACCAAUCAAAUGAGCCACCAAAAAGUAUUAACCAAUCACACGAAGAAGAUUGGACCAGUAAAUGGACUUGCAAAGACACAACCGAAUCUCAUUUAGUUAUAACUCAACCAUCGUUCCUGAACUCAACCUCUAAUAAAUCUGUUUACAACCAAGCCAACACAUCUCAGAUGAGUGAUCUCAACACAAAUCCAAUACAAACUUCAGACAUGUUUACAAACCAGUCACAAAACUUCAAUCAACAAAACGAACAAUCACAAUUGUAUGAUUUUAAUCUAAAUGAAUUAAAGACAACUGAGAAUAGUCAUCCUCAACCAAUGUCUACUGAAGUGUCCAACCCGAGCCAAAGAGGGACGGAGGACUUCAUAUCUACAUUGGACCUUUCAUGCUUAAAGCCAAGAGACAGAUCAUCAAUAACUUCCCAGGGAUCUUUGAGCCGGAAAAGAGAACACUGGACCAAACGGAGAAAUCUGUUUGAACACACGACAGAGAACAUGGAGGAUGAGGAAGAGCAGAGCAGCUCUUUUAUAAACACACCAUCUUCAAACUCAUCUUCCCUCAACUCAGUCCCAGACUCCAUCUCUGAAAACCCGGAAACUGCAGUCAAAAAGAGGAGGAUGGAAGUUACUCGACGAGUUCGAUUUGCUGAGGAGGUUAUCGUCAUAACCGCCAGAUACUUGCCAGAAUACAAUGAAGAAGAGGAUGAUGAUGAUGAUGAUGACGAAGAUGAGGAUUAUGAUGAUGAUGAUGAUGAUGACGAUGACGACGAAGAAGAAGAGGAAGAAGAAGAGGUUGAAAAAGAGGAUAAUAAUGAACGUCUGGACGAACGUUCUCCUCGACCGUCUUUGCCGAAGUGGAUUGCGUCUUUAAGAGGCAAAAGUGCAAAGUAUAAAUUUUGACUCGCUGUGCAUUUGAGUCCACUCUUGCACUUCUGCAGCUCACAUCAACACAGAUUGUACAAACACACCUCACCGCAGGCCACAAACAACACACAGUUAUCACAUUC